AUGACCACGCGAACAUCAUCAUGCCUCUGCAAAUCAGUCCAAAUCGAAGUCACCGGUACCGAUAAAGGGGCUGUGCUGUGUCACUGUGCCAAUUGUCAGGCCCAGAGUGGCAGUGCCUUCAUGCACAAUCACCGCUUCACCAAGUCAGACAUCAAGUUCACCAAAGGCGAACAUCUCGUCAAGAGAUAUGCCGACAAGAACACCAAGAGCGGUAAUGAGCUCACAAGGGGCUUCUGUUCGAAUUGUGGCUCUACGUUAUUCUUGAUGAAUCCAGCGUUCAAAGGCUUAACCAUAUUGACUGCCGGUACGAUGGAUGGAGAAAGAACACAGCCAUCAAUGGAACUGUUUCCAGAAAACAAGUACCAGUGGCUUGGAGAUGUGACGGGCAAGAGCUCGAAGCUUUGA